GAUUUAAUUCAAACUUCGGCGUCCGUAUCUCUAGAAGUUUCUCUCAUGUUCUAAAUUCCAAUCCCAUUCAUUUACCUCUAUCCCCAAGAACUUACCAGAUACGAACAAGGAAUUUAAGCAUCCAAUUCUAUAGAAUGUCUUACUCUAGAAGGUCAAGGUAUUCCGCUUCGCCUUCCCCAUACAGGCGGUACAGCAGGUCGGUGUCUAGGUCUUUGUCGAGGUCAAGGUCGAGGAGUCCGUCGAGGGAUGUGGAAAAUCCUGGUAACAAUUUGUAUGUGACAGGGCUGUCACCUCGGAUCACCAAGAGAGAUCUUGAGAAGCAUUUUUCUACUGAGGGAGAGGUGAUUGAUGUGCAACUCGUGGCUGAUCCAUGGACUAGAGAAUCUCGUGGAUUUGGUUUUAUAACCAUGUCCUCUCUUGCGGAGGCUGAUCGUUGCAUUAAGUACUUGAAUCGCUCAGUUCUUGAAGGCCGAGUUAUCACGGUGGAGAAGGCUAAGAGGCGAAGAGGACGAACUCCUACUCCUGGAAGAUACAUGGGGCUUAGAACAAUUCGUGGCAAGUUGCGACGCAAUACACCAAGUUAUUCUCCCUGUCGGUCUCCCAGCUAUCCUUCUUAUCGAAGGAGCCGAAGUGGUUCACGUUAUUCAUCUGAGCGCAGUAGGAGUAGGUCGUAUUCUCCCUACUACAGAGGCCGUCUCCGAUCAUAUUCACCAUAUUAUUACAGUCGCCGACAUCGGUCUUACUCUCAAUCUCAAUCUCCUUACAGCAGGCGUGAUUCGAGGUAUGACUCACCUGUCGACCGGUACUAUAGAAGACAUUGGCAUGACUCUGAUUCUUAUAGUCCACCUCGAAGGUCAAGGAGAAGUGCAAGGAGCUACUCACGCAGCAUUUCUCCUAGUCCGAGGAGGGGCUACUCUGUUAGCCUCUCCCCUUCACCGAGGAGGAGUUACUCUAGAAGCCCGUCUCCAAGAGUGAGGAAGAGCUCAAGCAGUAGAUCUCGAAGGGCUAUGGCUUCACCGAGGCGGAGUUACUCUAGAAGCCCGUCUCCAAGAGUGAGGAAGAGCUCAAGCAGUAGAUCUCGAAGGGCUAUGGCUUCGCCAAAGCGUGAACCUAGUUACUCUAGGAGUCCCAGUGCGAGUCCUAGUUCCAGAUCUGGUUCUAGGUCUGGUUCUCCUUCAUCUUGAGGAGUGGAAAUUUGGGUGCUACUGUAUUUCUACGGAACAUGUGGCUUGUAGUUCUUCCCUUCAUGGCUCGGUGUGGAAUAUAGCUUCGUAUAGAUUAAAAGCCUGUCUUCUGAAUAAUUGUUGAGUUGUAAUGUUAGUAGACAUUAUUAUGGUAGCUUUGUACUAAAAAUUGUUAGCUUCACUGGUCAUAUUUUGUUCUUGUAAAUUGUUUUGACUGGUUAUUGAUGAUGGAGAUGGAAAAAUUUAAGAAUCA